ACUGAUCAUCCUCUUGUUGACCAGUCUCAAACUGAAAGACCAAUCAUUUCACGCCAACCGCCUCAACCUACCACCACCACCACCAUCUCAACCAACCACAACAGUCAGCAGUCAACAACAACACCACUAAGCAAGAUGGCUCCAUCAGUACCAGACAAAGAUGUCCUCGUCGGACGUGUCGGAAACCUUACGCCCGAACAAGCUGAAAUGCUCAAGAAGUUUAAAGCCGAACUUGCGAUUGAAGGGUUCUUCAAAGAAGGAACCGGGCCCGAGAAAGCCGACAUGUACGGAGGUGGUCUGACCGGCGCAUCCCAUGAUGAUGCCACCUUACUUCGAUUUCUCAGGGCGCGCAAAUUCGAUCUUGCCAAGAGCAAGCUGAUGUUCAUAGAUUGCGAAAAGUGGCGUAAGGAGUUUAAGGUUGACGAGCUCUACAACACCUUUGAGUAUCCUGAGAAGAAGGACGUCGACGCCAUCUACCCUCAAUUCUACCACAAGACUGAUCAGGAUGGCCGUCCGCUUUAUAUCGAGCAACUCGGAAAGCUUGAUCUUACUAAGCUGUACAAAGUUACCACACCGGAACGCCAACUUCAGCGACUAGUUGUAGAAUAUGAAAGAUUUUUGCGUGAUAGGCUUCCUGUUUGUUCAAUGGAGCACCAGAAAUUAAUCGAAACCUCAUGCACGAUCAUGGACCUUCAAGGGGUCGGUUUGAGUCAGUUUUGGAAAGUCAAGAAUUACGUUCAGCAAGCCUCCCAUCUCAGUCAGAACUAUUAUCCGGAGACCAUGGGAAAGUUCUACAUCAUCAACUCCCCUUACUUGUUCUCUACGGUUUGGAACUGGGUUAAGCCAUGGUUAGAUGAGGUGACGGUGAAGAAGAUCCAGAUCCUCGAUUCGAGCUAUCAGAAGACCUUAUUACUCCAAAUCCCGGCUGAGUCCUUACCGAAGACUCUCAAGGGCAAGUGUGAGUGUACAGGCGGAUGCAGCAUGAGUGAUGCCGGGCCAUGGAAAGAUAGCGAAGUUGUUGCGAAGGCCAAGUCGUUGAAAGCUGGCCCUACUGCCGCCGCCCCCGCCAUAGAGGAAGCCACCCCCGCCGCCGUCGCUGCUACCCCUGCUGAACAACCCGCUGUUCCGGCUGCAGAGACCGCCCCUGCGCCUGCGGCCACCGCUGAAGCCCCCGCGUCUUGAUCCCGUCAUCGUGAUCUAGGCUCUCAAAGCUUUACGGAACAUGGUCUCCUCCUGGUGAAAUCUAGUUCGCAUAGCUUUUCUUUGUGUCUCUUUGUUCUAUCUUUCGUCUCUUUCUCAAUCCAUCCAUCCUAUUUCUCCUGCCUUUCACCUUUCUCCGAUUUUUUGGAAUGUUUUCCUACCCCAUUUUUUUUCAUGAUCAUCAUCACGUACACUACAUCUACUGGGCUGUAUUGUGACCGAAGAAAUUUCUUUCUUUUUGAUCCUUUAGUUACUGCUUAAUCUUGUUUUUCUGCUUCCUGUUCUCCUGAUAUUGGCUGUCUGAUCUGUAAAUUCCAUCAAGUGUAAACAUUUUUUGGCUUCUUCUGAUGGUACAUAACAGUACUUGGUAAUAUAUAGCCCAUGUGAGACAGU